UUGCCGACACGACAUGAAGAAGUCGACAAAAUGGAGUGCUCCAGAGUGGACGACAUAAAGUGCAAGGAUUGUGAGUGGAAAUGCCUCGGAGAGAGGAGAAGGACAAUCAGCACUUUUAUGCAGAAUAAUGGACAGGGAAAGAUUGGGGAUAGCUGCACACGUCGCCGGUACCGGCGACAUGGUCUGUCCGAGAAACCUGCUGAACGCGAGAUUGGAAGAGGGGAGAGUGAGUCAGCGAUGACUUGGCGUACUGGCUUGGAGACUUGGGACAUGGAAUUAACCUAA